AUGGCUUCGACCUGGCGCGAGAAGGACCCCAGCACCUGGAACUGGCAACAUCGCUUCCUCAACAAGAUCGACAACUUCCACAAUGACAACGGCACCUACCCAGUCUUCAAAAAGACCGAUCCGAUCCCAUGGUUCUCGCACUGGGCCGCGAAUCGUUGGAUUCUGGCCCAUGCAGCCUGGCCGAUUCUGAUUCAGCUGGUAUACACCUACUUCAUGGGCAAGAACGUGCACCCUGUCGCGAACUUCUUCCUUUACUUCAUCGCAACGCAGAGAAACGCCAUGAUGGAGGUAAAGACUCUCCAGCAAAUAGCCCUGAAGACCGGCUUUCUGGACGGAGACAAGCACUCCCGCGAUAAGGUUCCGGACGUCGCGAUUGAUAAGAUCACGAAGAUCAUGCCUUUCCUUUCGAUGACCCGCCCGGCUCUCUUCACCCUCUUCGGUUAUCGUCGCUCGGCGCCUAUCCAGAUUAGCCCUUGGCUGCCAGUCGAAUUGAUCAUCUACUCCAUCGUAUUGGAUUUCUUCUUCUACGUCUAUCACCGCGCCACCCACGAGAUCGAUGGACUUUGGCAAUACCACCGCCGGCAUCAUACCACCAAGCACCCCAUUCCCAUCCUUGCGGGGUAUGCCGACCACGAGCAAGAAGCGAUCGAGAUUGCUAUCAUUCCCGUGUUGACUUUCCUGUCGCUGAAGCUUAUGGGCUUCCCGAUGGGUUUCUACGACUGGUGGAUCUGUGCCCAGUAUAUCCUUUUUACAGAAAUUGCAGGACAUUCGGGCCUCAGGACGAUGUCCUGUACCGUCGGUCCAGCCGCGCCAUUCUUAUACCUGCUGGGGGCCGAACUCUCGCUUGAAGACCACGAUCUGCACCACCGCGAGGGCUGGCGGAAGAGCGGCAACUACGGCAAGCAGACGCGCCUUUGGGACCGUAUCUUCGGGACCUGCGUGAAUCGAGUCGAGGCGAAAUGGGAAAAUGUGGACUUUGUCAACCAGGUCAAGAUGCCGUGGUUCUAG